GAAUUGGCUGGUGUUUUUAUGAUGCAAAGUUGGGAAAUUUCUUUUGUGUGGACGCAAAACCAAAGAGCUAAAAUGUGUGGAUGCAAAUGUUGAAGAAGACGACGACGACGACGACGACACCCUUCCACUUUCACCACCACCGACCCCUUUUCUCUCUUUCUUCUUCUUCUUCUUCUUCUUCACUCUCUCUUCCAUUCUCAACCCCUCUUUUUCCAAUGGCCGAUUCUCUCUUCUCUACCCUUCCCGACGACAUUCUUCUCAACAUCUUCUUCAAGCUCGAAGACGAUCCCCGCAACUGGGCUCGUUUAGCUUGUGUUUCCACCAAAUUCUCCUGCACAAUCCGCAACAUCUGCUGGAAAACCAAGUGUUCCAACGCUAUCCCUUCUCUCGUUUCCGAUCUUCUCGUCGGGGACUCUAUUCCUGCUGGUGGUUGGGCUUCCCUUCACAAGCUCGCUGUUUGUUGUCCUGGCCUCGUCCAUUCCGGUGUUCUUCUUGAGAAUUCUGAUUUUGGGCUUGAGCGGGAACUGGGUCCGGAUGAAAAUUACAUGAAAUUGGGUUCUUCUCAAUACUCCCAGCCCGAAUCCAACCCUUCUUCUACGGCUUUAUUUGAGGUUAAUUCUGAUCUCUCUGCUUCUGCUUCUGCUUCUGCUUCUGCUUCUGAUUGUGCUUGGUCUCUUUACGACGAUCUGUAUUUGGAUACUAUGUAUAAUGAUUCUGAAGCCCCUGAUGUUCUCGACCCUCAAAUUGGUUCUACCAAAGUGGAAAAAGGGGUUUUUAUGACGGAUAGGGAAUUUUGUGUUUCAAAGAGGAGGAAGAUCUGCAGGUCUAUGCGGUCGCAUUUGGCAUCUGGGGUCUGGAAUUUAAGCAGGGAGCAAGGGAAUAAGCUGCUUCGGAGUCGAUUUCGAGGUGAUUCUCUUUACAUUUGUGAUUGGCCUGGAUGUGUUCAUAUUGAAGAGAAACGGAAUUACAUGCUUUUUAGAGGGAUUUUCAAGAAUUUCAAAGGGUCUCAUGUUUGGAGAACCAUAAAAGAUGGGAAUAGGAACAAAAUUGAUCUGAAUUGUGCGUUUUGUUCUUGUAAAGAGACUUGGGAUUUGCAUUCUGCCUUCUGUUUGAGGCGGGUUUUUGGUUAUCAUGAUGAUGGUGAGCCAGUUGUUCGAGCUUAUGUCUGUGAGAAUGGCCAUGUCUCUGGAGCUUGGACAGAUCUGCCAUUGUACACUUGAUUUUCACUUCUGCUUUUCCCAUCAUUCCUCAUUCAAUUUCCAUUAACAAACAUUAGAAAGAAGUGGAAGCAAUGUUUUGGUUUCAUCUCUGAGGUACGAUAUUACUUGUAUGAGGCCUAUACAUUUGAGUUUUACAUGUUUCAUUUAACCGGUAGCUGCUAAGGAGAGAUAGCAGCUGAAAUUUUGAGGACAAGAAGAUAUUUUAAGGAAAUUUCCAGUUAUAAGAUGAGGAAUAGCAUAGCUUCAAUUUUGGAGGAUGAUGAGGAGAAGUUCAAAUGAAGCAACACUUAAAAGAUAAGUUGAAACAAGAAACCUUGGUAUUUUGUGCUUAUAAUCUUCUGUUUGUAUUUGGUUGUUGUUAGGGAGCAUUGUUUCCCAAUUACUUAAUUUAAUGAAAGAAAUGCUAAAAGACUAUGUUCAGAGAUUUGUAGGGCCAACCAAACUGUGUUUGGAUGAUCUAUUUAGUGCUUUCUAGGUGUUUUUGGGUUAAAUCAGUUCUUCUACAAGCACUUUCUUGAGUGAUUCUUUUAGAAGUAUUGAAGUAUAUUACUUUUGAUUGUUGA